AUGAUCUGCCAACGCUGCCGCACCACUAUCCUUUCGCGACUCCAGCCGCAACACACCGUGACGUGGACGUCGUCUUCGUCAUGCGCGCGCCAGCUUCCCCUCUACCGGAGCCAAUUCCGGAAUUACAGUGAUGGCAAGCCGACCGUCUCCGCGACGCCCCCGCCGCCGAACCCUCGCCAACCCGUCACCGGCGAUAUCACAGUGCCGUCGGCCGUCUCGUCCGCAACCCCGGGGGUGUCGCAGCCCUUGAGCACACCGGAGGGCGUGCACACGGACGCCAACCCGGCGAAGCCCACGAAGCCCGUGGAGCGGCCGCCCAGCUCGUGUCCGGCCGGCACGAAACUGCAGGGUCUGAACUACUUCAAGAACAAGCCGGACCUCGUGGCGCUGGAAGACUCCGAGUAUCCGGAGUGGCUGUGGUCGUUGUUGGAUGAUGCGAAGAAGCAGGCCAAGUCGGAGGGUGGUGUGGAUCCUAGCAGUAUGUCCCUUUCGCUCCUUUGA